AUGCAAGGUAAGACCAACUCCAUUUACACUCUCCGUACCACUAACUUCUGGCAUUGCCAACAAUGCACAUCGUCAACGGGUGAACAGGUGGUCAAUGGCGACACAUUCAGUUACAACAAGCACGUGCGCGAUCUACCCAUCACACAAGCUUCCAUUCCAAUACAACACUCUGCGGAUGAUGAUUGCGUGAUUCAGAGCGACCACUGGAAGCAACACACAUAUAUGGCCAAGUCCUUGAUUGCAACGCCCAAGGUGCAUUUAUUGGAAUGGCGAUUAUGCGAAUGUUCUAUAGUGCACAUUGUCUUCGACUAUUGCACAGCGCUGCUUGUCUCUUCGUGCUUCAAAGUAUACGCAUUCACGGCUAUGGCUGGUUAG